AUGGCGGACCAACUCAAUAUGAACGGCCUGUCCCUCAAGGACUCACAGCACGCGCCUCAGGGCGGUCCACCACAGCAGGACGGCUUCGGCGGACAAGAGCGCAGCGCCUACAUCCCACCGCACCUCCGCGCCGCGGGACGUGGCCCACCGCCAGCUGCCGCUGGUCCAGGCGCCAUGAACGGCAACGGUAACUACCCACCUCCAGGUGGCCAGAACGGCUAUCCGGCUCCAGGCCAACGCCCACCUCAAGGCAACGGCAACACUUGGGGCGCUGCACAGACGUUCACCCCACGCACCGGCGGCAACAAUUGGGACAACUCGCCCCAGCUCCCGAGCGGCUUCAACCGCAACGGAUACAGCGGAGGAGGUGGCGCUGGCGGACACGGCGGCGGCGGCGGUGCCCACCGCGGAGCAGGAGAUGGACAGUGGAGAGACGGCAAGCACGUCCCUGGACCUGCAAACCAGCGUCUCGAGCGCGAGCUGUUCGGUGUCCUGAACGACCCCACCAAGCAACAAACGGGUAUCAACUUCGAGAAGUACGAUGACAUUCCUGUCGAGGCUUCUGGCCAGGGCGUGCCCGAGCCGGUGACCACCUUCACGAACCCACCACUCGACGACCACCUGCUCUCGAACAUCGAGCUGUCUGGCUACAAGAUUCCAACACCAGUGCAGAAAUACUCCAUCCCAAUCGUCAUGGGCGGCCGUGACUUGAUGGCUUGUGCCCAGACUGGUUCCGGAAAGACUGGUGGUUUCCUCUUCCCCAUUCUGUCCCAGGCCUUCCAGAAUGGCCCCAGCGGCAACGUGCCAUCACAGAGUGGCUUUGCUCGUCAACGCAAGGCUUACCCUACCUCGCUCAUUCUCGCCCCGACUCGUGAGCUUGUCUCGCAAAUCUACGACGAGUCCCGCAAGUUCGCCUACCGCUCGUGGGUUCGUCCUUGCGUGGUCUACGGUGGUGCCGACAUUGGUUCUCAGCUCCGCCAGAUCGAGCGUGGCUGCGACUUGCUUGUUGCCACUCCUGGUCGUCUCGUCGACCUGAUCGAGAGAGGCCGAAUCUCGCUUGCUAACAUCAAGUACCUCGUUCUCGAUGAGGCUGAUCGCAUGUUGGACAUGGGUUUCGAGCCCCAAAUUCGCCGCAUUGUCGAGGGCGAGGACAUGCCUCCAACCGACGGCCGCCAAACCCUCAUGUUUUCGGCCACCUUCCCACGCGACAUUCAGCUCCUCGCACGCGACUUCCUCCGAGAGUAUAUCUUCCUUUCGGUUGGACGUGUCGGCUCCACAUCUGAGAACAUUACUCAAAAGGUUGAGUAUGUGGAGGACAUUGACAAGCGUAGUGUGCUCCUCGACAUCCUGCACACUCACGGUGCUGGAUUGACCCUCAUCUUCGUCGAGACCAAGCGCAUGGCGGACUCUCUCUCCGACUACCUGAUCAACCAAGGCUUCCCAGCUACCUCCAUUCACGGUGACCGCACGCAGCGUGAGCGUGAGCGAGCUCUCGAGAUGUUCCGCAGCGGUCGCUGCCCAAUCCUCGUGGCCACUGCUGUUGCCGCACGUGGCCUCGAUAUCCCCAACGUGAUGCACGUCGUGAACUACGACUUGCCCACCGACAUUGACGACUAUGUCCACCGUAUUGGUCGUACUGGACGUGCCGGAAACACUGGUAUUUCGACCGCCUUCUUCAACCGUGGCAACCGUGGAGUUGUUAGAGACCUCCUCGAUCUCCUCAAGGAGGCCAACCAGGAGGUUCCUUCCUUCCUCGAGACCAUCGCUCGUGAGGGCUCUGGCUUCGGCGGUGGUCGUGGCGGAGGCCGCUCUGGUGGUGGUCGUGGCCGCGGUUCUUCUGCCAUGAAGGACGUCCGCACGUACGGCGGUGGCCAGCGUCCUGCCUACAGCGGAGGCAUGAUGGGCGGAGGUGGCGGCAUGGGUGGCGGCUACGGAGGCGGUGGCGGCUACGGCGGUGGUGCUGGCUAUGGUGGUGGCGGCGGCAGCUACGGCAACCCAGGCGGAGCCUCUGGAUCCAACAGCUGGUGGUAGACGUUUCUACCCUCCGACGUUGGAACACCACACCCCACGACUGGACCCCAUUUUCCGAUUGGACUUUCUUACGUUUUCUGCUGCGUUCCGACUGCUUUUCGCCACGUCACGGGCGGAUCUUCACGAGUGUGCCGACAUGAUACCCACCACAGCAUGAUAGACUGCGUUUUCUUCCUGGGCGUUGCUUGCAUUGCAAUGGCGCAGGGAGACGGCGCUCUGCAGUAUCGUGGCCUGUCACCAGACAUAUACCCGGUCUUCCUCGCUCUCAGGCUUUGAGCGACGAGGAUCCAUCGUGUCACAACGGGCCACGGUACAUUUACGACAUCAUCACACGACUUUGCCACGGCCUCUCAUGGGCUGUGACACCUGAUAGAUCGGCUUGCGACGGCGUUAAUACUUAGAUGGUGCUCUUGCGCUUUGGCGUUGGUCUCUGGGAAUGGGCGGAGUUUUCUACGACUUCCGGGCAUUACAACGACACCACUAAAGCGGCAUGGCAUGUGACUUUUUCACGACAUUCGGCGUUUUCUCCAAAAACUUCACGAGCGGCUUUGCAUGGACUAGGAGGGAUUGAUACUACCCGCUUGACUGACCCGUCCUCCCACAGAGGGACGGGGGAGUCUUGGGUGGCAAAAAGAGCCUCCGAAUGCUUGAACGGCUCGUGCGACUACUGCUUUCAGAUGAUACCUCGAUAGAACUGGCAUGAAGCUCUAUGGCUCAAAGGAAAUUGGGCAAGGAUAGAGCACACAAAAGGUGUGAAAAAGGUGCAUCUGGGAGUGGCGACUGGCAUAUCAGCGCCGUCAGAUGGAUGGGAAAAGUGCACGUGCUGCGCUGUUAGAUACCAACCAAAAAAGAAUUGUGCUAUGAAUUUCACAGUACUUUGCACACACUUGUCUUCCACAU